AUGAAAAAUUUACCUGUGUCUAAUCAUUUAAUAUUUGCAACUAUAAUAGCAUUAUUAGGUGGUUCAUUUCAAUUUGGAUAUCAUAUUGGUUGUAUUAAUCCAUCUGCUUCUAUAAUUCAAGGAUGGUUUAAUGAAAGUUAUUAUAGUUUACAUGGAGAAUAUUUAGAUUAUCAAAAAUUAGAUUUUUUUUGGGCAAUAACAGUAAGUAUUUUUGCUAUUGGUGGUAUGAUUGGUGGAUUAACAACUGGUCUGGUUGCUGAAAAAUUUGGUAGAAAAGUAUCUUUACAUUAUAAUAAUAUAAUAAUUGUUAUUGCAACAAUUUUUAUGGUAUUAUCCAAAUAUCUUAACAUAUUUUAUUUCUUAAUUAUUGGAAGAUUUUUGAUAGGUUUAGGAUGUGGAUUAAUAUCAGGAUUAGUUCCAUUAUAUCUUACUGAAAUAUCACCAACAAAAUAUCGUGGAGUUUUAGGAAGUUUACCACAAUUAUUUAUAGUAAUUGGAAUUUUAUUUUCAACAAUAAUAUGUUAUAAAAAUUUGUUAGGUACACCUGACUCAUGGCAACACAUAUUUACAUUUUCAUUACUUCCUGCAGCAAUUCAAAUUAUCUGUCUAUUUUUUAUUCAUGAAUCACCAAAAUAUUAUUUAAUAACAAAAAAAGAUGAAGAAAAAGGGUAUAAAGCAUUAAAAAAAUUUAGAAUUAGUAGAGAUAUAUCAACUGAAGUUGAUGAAAUAAUUAAUGAAAAUAUUAAUCAUAAUGUUGAUGAAAAAAAUAUUACAUUUAGAGAUAUGAUAUUACCACCAUUACGAUGGCCUUUAAUAAUUGCAAUUAUGAUGAUGCUUUCACAACAAUUUUCUGGUAUCAAUGUUGCAAUGUUCUAUUCUACCAAAAUAUUUGAAAAUGCUGGAAUGAAAGGUGACACACCAUAUUUUGCAACACUGGCUAUAAGCGUUAUUAAUUUAUUAAUGACAAUUGUAUCAAUAUGGCUUGUUGACCACCCAAAAUGUGGAAGAAGAAUUUUACAUUUAACAGGAUUAACAGGGAUGUUAUUAACAUCAAUUGUUAUUAUGUUAUCACUUGCAAUGUCUCAAAGUGAUGGAAAUAUUAAAAGUUUUGGACAAUAUUCUAGUAUUUUUAGUAUUGUAUUUUUUGUUAUUUUCUUUGCACUUGGUCCAGGUUCAAUUCCAUGGUUUUUUGUUACAGAAAUAUUUGAUUCAAAUGCUCGAGCACAUGCUAGUUCUAUUGCCUGUUUAUGUAAUUGGUUAGCUAGUUUUCUUGUUGGUGUAGCAUUUUUACCAUUAAAUAAUUUCUUGGGACCAUAUUCAUUUCUUAUCUUUUCAAUGUUUCUACUUAUAAGUAUUAUUUUCACAUAUAAAUAUGUUCCAGAAACAAAAGGAAAAACAAUAUCAGAAAUAAAAGAAAAGUUAGCUUAA